GUUUUAGAACGCUGGGCUGGCAGGGUCGCACAAUUUUACUGCGCAGUGUGUUUUUUUGCUCUUGUUUCCCACUCUAUCCCUUUAUUCUCUCCCCGUUUUACGGUGUCUGCCCUCGUAAUUUUAUUAUUUGCCCCGUCACGUUUUUUUCUCUCUUCCUUCCUCCAUUUUGAUUCUGUAACCAACAGAAUCAUCCACAAUGCAACAACAUGCUCUCCAAGUUUUCCCCGUUUUCUUCAAAAUCUCUCUCUACAAGAACACCUUCUGACCUAAACUUAAUUCAUUUCAACUUCAACGCGCUUUCGUUGAUUGCUGCAUUAUUCUUUGAAUUCGUUUAAUCUUUUUUUCUACUGGCACUGAAUUUAUCAACCGCAAAGUUUGAUUAACAGUGUGAGGUUUUUGAGUUUCGAGUUUUGCAAUUUUUUGAUCGCGGAGAAGGUAUACUACACUGCAUGCGUGAGUGUUGUGGUAAAUUUUUUUCCGAUUGGAGAGUGCGAUGAAUUUCGGUGUGGAAAUGUUUGGGGCCAGUAGAGGGCACGGGAGCGGUGGAGUUGUGCGGCCCGUUUUGAUUCCGAAGCGUUUCGUUUGGCCUCAUGGAGGAAGAAGGGUGUUUCUAACAGGUUCUUUCACGAGAUGGUCGGCAUUUAUACCUAUGUCACCGAUGGAAGGAUGUCCAACUGUAUUUCAAGUUAUUUGCAGCUUACCGCCAGGAUAUCAUCAGUACAAAUUUAAUGUAGACGGUGAGUGGCGGCAUGAUGAGCAUCAGCCAUUUGUAAGUGGGGACUGUGGGAUAGUGAAUACUAUGUAUUUAGUGAGAGAACCAGAUAUUCUGCCUCCUAUCUUAAGUGCUGAAACACCUGGUCAAUCCCACAUGGAGGUUGACAAUGACAUCUUUGGGCAUGUGGAAGCUAAUCCGAGGAUGUCAGAGUCUGAUCUGCAGGUCUCAAAACACCGUUUAUCUAUUUUCUUGUCCACACAUACUGCUUAUGAGUUGCUUCCCCAGUCAGGCAAGGUUGUUGCCUUGGAUAUAACUUUACCAGUUAAGCAAGCAUUCCAUGCUCUUUAUCAAGAGGGAAUAUCUAUGGCUCCUGUAUGGGAUUCUAACAAGUGUCAGUUUGUUGGAAUGCUUAGUGCGAUGGACUUCAUUCUAAUUCUAAAAGAGCUGGGGAUUCAUGGAUCAAACUUGACUGAAGAACAGCUUGAGACACAUACUAUAGCAGCAUGGAGAGAGGCAAAGGUACAAGAAUGCAGAACUGAUAGUAAUGGGAGAACAUACUCUCAACAUUUGGUUCAUGCUGGGCCCCUUGAGUGUCUAAAAGAUGUUGCUUUAAAAAUUUUGCAAAACAAGGUGGCAACAGUUCCUAUUAUCCAUUCUUCUUCAGAAGAUGAUUCAUUUCCUCAGCUGCUACACCUUGUUUCCCUCACAGAAAUACUAAAAUGUAUAUGCAGGCAUUUUGAGCACUCUUCUGAUUCCUUGCCCAUUCUUCAGCUACCAAUUGGUUCAAUACCUGUAGGUACAUGGGUGUCAAAAGUCGGGGAAUCCAAUAAAAAGCCACUUGCUAUGCUAAGGCCAAAUGCUUCUCUUGGUGAUGCUUUGUCUCUGUUGAUUCAAGCUGAAGUUAGCUCAAUACCGAUUGUGGAUACUAAUGAUUCAUUACUUGAUAUAUAUUCAAGAAGAGAUAUUAUUGCAUUGGUUAAAGAUAAAGUGUAUGCAAGGAUAAGUCUGGCUGGGUUUAGUAUCCAUCAGGCAUUGCUUUUGGGACGAGAUGCAAGAUUUCCUUACGGGCUUCGCAAUGGACCGAGAUGUCAUAUGUGUUUGAGGUCCGAUUCAUUGCACAAAGUGAUGGUGCGCUUGGCAAAUCCUGGUGUUAGACGGCUUGUGGUUGUGGAGGCAGGCAGCAGGCGUGUGGAAGGUAUCAUUUCUAUAGGCGACGUGUUCAGACUCUUGUUAAGUUAGUUAGGAAUAUAUGGCUAUCAUUUUGCAUGAAGGGAAUUGCAGUGGUAGCCCUGGAAAAGACUUGAUCUAUGAAAACUAGUUAUCUGAGUUAUUGACCUGCCAUCAUGGCCAGCCUGCUUUUUAUAUAUAGGAUAGAAAUUGUAGAGAGAGAAGUCUGUAAAUUGAGGGACUAGUUUUUUCUCCUUUAAACAACUUGAUGAUAUCAUGAUUUUCUCCUUUGUGCCGGCACAAAUGCAAUGUUUGUGUCCUGUGCUAACAGAAAUCAAGGAGGAAAAAAGAAAGGACUUGAUAGGGUCAAUAUGUAGCCGCUUGCGGUACACUGUUGACUGGUUGUAAGAAAAAGGUAUUUUGGGUUCCAUUAUGAUUCCAGUUUUCUCUUAUGACUGGGGAGUUCAUGACUUCAUGUUGCUAUACUUGCAUUUGAAUGAAUUCGUCCUUUCCUAAUGCAUCA